UACAGAGGGAAAUCAUGGACGACAAAGUGUAUUUGGGUGCUGGAUUUGGUGGUGCCUCAGUUCUGCAAGCAUUUUUUCAUUCUGUUGGCAUCCUGCUCAGAUGGCGAUUCAUUUCGAUUUGGGUUUCUCCAAUUAAGUUAAAGGUUCUAAUGAUAACCAAUGUCAGCGUCUUCUCUGUGCUUUUAUUCCUUGCGUUGACUCUCAGGCGGAAUCAUUGGAGUUUAAGGAAAUGGCGACUCCAGUUGAGCCUCCAAACAGGAUAAGAGCGGAAGGGGAGCAUUAUUAUUCCAUGUAUAGCUUUGAUUUGUGAAUGUUGUUGGCUAUACCGAAGAAAGCAUCUGCUAUAACACUAGCACUUUCGAAUAGCGUUUCUGUUUGGGUUGAGUAUUGGCUUUUUACAUCUGUGUUUAACGGGAUACCGACUUUGCGUCAAAGUAGCCAGAGAAGAAGUGGAUUGAUGGGGGUGUUCCUCUGGAUGCAGUGUGAUCCAAACUUUCUAGACUUGCAAAGGUUGUACCCUGUAGUGUGUGUAAUAUCCCGGGACUGGGUAAACCCUAUAUGGAAUUCCUUUUCACCUAAAUGGAUUGAAGGGUUCAUCACCAAAGAGGAUGCAGAAGCUUCACUUCAAGGUCCAGCAGGAUUUCAAGAACCUGGUACUUUUAUAUUGCGGGGUCCAACCUCAAGAAGCUGGCCUCACCCAGAUGUUGGUAGCCUAACUAUUACUUAUGUUAGCAGUGACUACAAACUUUGCCACAGACUACUUUCAAUGGAUCAUAUUUAUAGCUCCGAUAAAACUGGCGUGAAACCAUUGCAAGAUAUGCUACUGGCAGACCCUGAGCUGACUCGGUUGGGAAGGGUAAUGAGAAGGUAUCAAGCACGCUGAUGUUAAGGCAGAUUGUCAUUAAAUAUCCAGUCAAAGUUGUUUUUCAAGGUUCUAUUGCCAUUAUUGACUCAAAAAGGAAGAUAUAUGUAAAAAAAUACUUUAGUAGUUAUAGAACAUAAAAUGUUAGCAUAUAAAGUUGAAAUAUUGAUAUUAAUAUUUUUAUAACUUUACCCAUUUUAACCAAAAUUUAGUCUUUUACUAAUACUUUGUAUUUUUCUCAAUCACAAUGCGCGAAAACGACGGGUACCCGUGC